CUUCACUUCUCAGUGUUCUUCUCUGCUCCUACAAAGGCUUUGCUAACACUCCAUAAAGAUGUGCUCCCGCGGGUCCUCCUGCCACAGCCACGAGACCUCCUGCCAUGGCUCCCGUUCCUCCUGCCACGACUCAGAGCCCUCCUGCCAUUAUACCAUCCAGAGGGUCCCCGUGCCCAAAUACACCUACAUGACACCGUGUUGCCCCCCGGUGCAGACCUUCUGCCCCCCAGUGCAGCGCUAUUGCCCCCCAGUGCAGCCCUGCUGCCCCCCAGUGAAGACCUACUGCCCACCCAUCCCCUACUGCCCCCAGUACACCAAGAAUAUCUGCAAGCUGCCACCACAGUGCCCCAAAUACUAGCUGCAGGAUCCAGCCACGCUCCACCACUACUGGCUCCUCCUCCUUGGACACCAUGGCCAUGGGUUGACGCAUCGCUAUGGAC